CAGGCAGAGCCAGGAGGGGCAGCGGGGCUGGGCCUGAGUGGCCCCGCCAGCCCCGCCCCAUCUAUCUUUGGGAAUUUAUUUGUACAUGGGCAAGGCAGGCCUGCAGUCUCCUGCCUUCCAGGGGCCAAGAGCUGCUCCUACCGCCCCAGGCUUCUCUCUCCAACCCACACGCCUCCAGCCGACCCCGGGCUCUGGCCCUGUCCACACCUGCACGGCCCCGCUCUUCCUAAGGGGCCGCACAGCCCCCAGACGCCCUGCCAUCCACGUGGGUGUUGGCACCGGCUCACCCUGAGAGCAGAGGCCGGGCAGGGGUGGGCUCUGAGCCCCCGCCGGUCUGCCAUGGCGCGGCGGUUCCAGGCUGAGCUGGCUGCCUUUUUCUUCGAGUACGAUACCCCCCGCAUGGUGCUGGUGCGCAACAAGAAGGUGGGCAUAGUCUUCCGGCUGAUCCAGCUGCUGGUCCUCGUCUAUGUCGUGGGGUGGGUGUUUGUCUAUGAGAAGGGCUACCAGACGUCCAGCGGCCUCAUCAGCAGUGUGUCUGUGAAACUCAAGGGCCUGGCUGUGACCCAGCUCCCCGGCCUCGGCCCCCAGGUCUGGGAUGUGGCUGACUAUGUCUUCCCAGCACAGGGGGACAGCUCCUUCGUGGUCAUGACCAAUUUCAUCGUGACCCCAAAGCAGGCUCAAGGCUACUGCGCAGAGCACCCGGAAGGCGGCAUAUGCAAGGAAGACAGUGGCUGCACCGCUGGAAAAGCCAAGAGAAAGGCCCAAGGCAUCCGCACCGGCAAGUGUGUGGCCUUCAACGCCACUGUGAAGACGUGUGAGAUCUUUGGCUGGUGCCCCGUGGAGGUGGAUGAUGACAUCCCUCGCCCUGCCCUUCUCCAUGAGGCCGAGAACUUCACUCUCUUCAUCAAGAACAGCAUCAGCUUCCCACGCUUCAAGGUCAACAGGCGCAACUUGGUGGAAGAGGUGAAUGCCGCCUACAUGAAGACCUGCCUCUACCACAAGACCCUGCACCCCCUGUGUCCCGUUUUCCAGCUUGGCUACGUGGUGCAAGAGUCAGGCCAGAACUUCAGCACGCUGGCUGAGAAGGGUGGCAUGGUUGGCAUCACCAUCGACUGGCACUGUGACUUCGACUGGCACGUGCGACACUGCAAACCCAUCUACGAAUUCCAUGGGCUAUACGAGGAGAAAAACCUCUCCCCAGGCUUCAACUUCAGGUUUGCCAGGCACUUUGUGGAGAACGGGACCAACCACCGUCACCUCUUCAAGGUGUUUGGGAUUCGCUUUGACAUCCUGGUGGACGGCAAGGCCGGGAAAUUUGACAUUAUCCCCACGAUGACCACCAUCGGCUCUGGGAUUGGCAUCUUCGGGGUGGCCACCGUCCUCUGUGACCUGCUGCUGCUUCACAUCCUGCCCAAGAGACGCUACUACAAACAGAAGAAGUUCAAGUACGCUGAGGACAUGCGGCCAGCAGAGGGUGAACAUGACCCCGCUGCCACCAGCUCCACCCUGGGCCUGCAGGAGAACCUGAGGGUAUCCUGAUGCCAGCCUGUACUCCCGACUGCAUGCAGCGUGAGGCUUCAGGCUGGGGGCCUGCUGGGUCCCAGCCAGGGCAGAGGGUCUCCACAGGAAGUCUCCUACCCUCUCAGCCAGGCACAUACCAGUUUGCCAGAAGCUCAGGGUGCAAACUAGGAGAGACGUGUGCCAAUCUGAGCUCUGGCUCCAACUCCACACCCCCCAAGGGAGCCUGCCCCGGUCUCAGCCGCUCCUGGGAGGGAAGGGCUGGGGCUGGGCAGGCCCCUCCCACACACCUGUACGCUAGCCUUGCGCUUCUCUCUCUGGACCUCACGAUCCAUCCCUCUGCCUCCAUUCCUCCAGCUCUGGGCUCUCCAAUGUGGCAGUGGAUAACCAUAGGCGACUAAAUUAAACUAAAAUAAAAUCAAUGAAACACAGCAUUCACUUCCUCAGUUGAACUAGCCAGAUUUCAGCUGCUCAGUAGACACGUGUGGCUAGUGGCUGCCAUAUUGGACGGCUCAGGGCAUUUUCACCAUUGAAGAAAGUUGUAUGAGACAGCUCUGCUUGAGCCCUGUUUCUUCCUGGCCUUGGGUUUCCCUGGGAAAUGUAUCGACCAUGCAGGCUCCUGGGUCUAGCCCAGACUUCCGAAACCACAGGCCCUAGGGCUGGCCAUAUGACCUGCACAGACAGCAAACUCCCCAGGCCGUUCUGGGACCUAAACUGAAGAACUACUGUCCUCGAACUUUCUUUUUUUUUUUUUUUUUUUUGAGACGGAGUUUCGCUCUUGUUACCCAGGCUGGAGUGCAAUGGCGCGAUCUCGGCUCACCGCAACCUCUGCCUCCUGGGUUCAGGCAAUUCUCCUGCCUCAGCCUUCUGAGGGGCUGGGAUUACAGGCACCCGCAACCAUGCCCAGCUAAUUUUUUGUAUUUUUAGUAGAGACGGGGUUUCACCAUGUUGACCAGGAUGGUCUCCAUCUCUUGACCUCAUAAUCCACCCACCUCGGCCUCCUAAAGUGCUGGGAUUACAGGCUUGAGCCACCGCGCCCGGCCAGAAUUUUUUUUUUUUUUUGAGAUGGAGUCUCACUCUGUUGCCCAGGCUGGAGUGCAGUGGAGCAAUCUCAGCUCACCACAACUCCGCCUUCCAGGUUCAAAUGAUUCUCCUGUCUCAGCCUCCUGAGUAGCUGGGAUUAUAGGCACCUACCACCAAGCCCAGCUAACUUUUGUAUUUUUAGUAGAAAUGAGGUUUCAUCAUGUUGGCCAGGCUGGUCUUGAACUCCCGACCUUGUGAUUUGCCCACCUUGGCCUCCCAAAGUGCCAGAAUUACAGAUAUGAGCCACCGUGCCCUGUCAUGAACUUUCUGACCCUAAGCUCCUGAGCAGGAGUCAGACUUUGUCCUGAGCUUGCACCACCUGGCAGGUGCAGACACGGAGCAGGGUCCUGGACACCUCCAGUGUGUGUGUCAUAUACUUAUGUGCCACACGGUGUGUCAUACACACAACCUGGCGUAUGCACUGCCCACAUGCACGCAGCGUCCUUCCACACUGUGUCUAUAAACAGCUGGGGCCCGUCAAACACAACCAUCUAAACACACCUCCACCACCAUGCACAGACUCAGGGUCCAUGCCACGUCACCUCCACAGGAAAAGCUUCUCUCCAAGAGUGCCAGGCCAGGCCAGCCCUUCUAGCCAUGAAUCCUUACGCAGCUACCUCGGGUUGGGGGUGGGAGCUCCAGCCACAUCCUGGGCUCCCUGCCUGUGGCUCAGCCCUCACUCCAAAGGCCUGCCUGGCUCUGUCUGAACAGAAGGUCUGGGGAAAGUGGGGGACGGAGUACAAUAAAGGGAGUGAGGACAGA